AUGGCGCCUCACAGAGAGCCUAAGCUCGUCGUUUUGACUGGAGGUGAAAAACGUCACGAAUGCCCUCAAUGCGACGAAGUGUUCUUUUCAGACGAGCCAGACGCGCUUUUCAAGCACCAAAAGGAGAAGAUUAAGCUGGGUGAAGGUCAUCUGGAGUGUCUCAUCUGUGACGAGAAAUUGCACUCUAGCGAGGCCUGGUAUUAUCACCUGAGAAUGAAUCACCCAGCGGAUCAGGAUCUGCAUUGUCCAGCAUGCGGUGAACAUUACAACAAGGUCCACAAGCUCAUGGAUCAUCUCGUUGAUUGUGACAAGGCAGCCUAUGCUGUAGCAAGCAUAGAUGCCGCGCGGGAGAGCCAAUUGAACUUCAUCCGAGAGCUUGCUUACCGUGAUGAAGCCCGUCUUAAGAAGGGUGUACAGCUGGGACCUGCCCCUAUCAACGUCGACUUUGGCGAAUGUCUUGGCCACAGGGACCCCAGAGUUGAUCUCCCCCUUGUGGAGCAGAAGCUUGUCCUUGAGAUGCAUGGCAUGGGAUUGGAAUCUUCAACUUCGGUUGAGAAGUUUCGCCAGGGCGAUUCCAAGUGUCCCGACCUACUCACAUCUGACGGCCUUAAGGUUCAUAAAGAGAACAAUAAUCCGAAUGUCCAGCAGUCUUCCCCCGUGGCUGAAAACAUGCCUGCGAGCAAGAGGCUAUUUCCUAAUGCUCCUCCCGCCCUUAAGCCCACUGCUCAACAGCUUAGGCAGCUUGCUGCAUGCCGCACUCCACAGAAGCCAGCGCAGAACCUGGACGUCCGCGACCCCGACAGCCCCAAGUUCAAUGUGGGCAAGUAUUACGAGCAGGUUAUGGACAGAUAUCGAUGCGCAUAUGCGCCUCAGUGCAUCAAAACAUUCAAGAAAGCUGGUCAGCUUAUCAGCCAUCUCAGGAACAAUGACCACCGGCCAGCGAAGUACAGGUGCCCUUUCUGCAGCAAGAUGUACAGGAGCAUUUCGGCCCUCACUCAGCAUUGCGAGACGCCCAACACCUUUUGCGAAAUUGACUACUCGUACUCAUACCGCACCUUCCUCAAUCAACUCACCGGUGGUGUGAUCGAUGUUGACGGCAAACAUGCGGACCACACCCCCAAGUAUAUCGUCACGGACAUGGCAAAGGGUAUGUUUGUUCAGGGACCGGGUGUCUUGCCUAACAAAAAUGGCAAGAAGGCUGGCAAUGCUCCGCAUCCCAAGAUUGGUGAAUUCAAGACAGUCGACGGUCCUCCGGCUUCCCCAACUCCCGAAGUUCUCGAGGCACGCAAAAGAUUCCAGGAGGUGAUGCAGCCUGAGAAUAAGGAUGCCAUCUACGACAACUUUGUCGAUGGUUACGAGAAAGAAAAAAGGGAGGCGCAGCAUCAGCGUCUGACCCAGAACGUGAAUUGGUAA